AGAUUGCAAUCCAAUUCAAGGAUCUUGUUUUGUUUCCAUAUAUAAUAAUGUCUGAACUGCUAGAUUCUAUACAGCUCCCUGUGUUAGAUCUAACCCAACCUGCUGAAUCCUCAUUUCUAUCUUCCCUCUCACAAGCCUGUCAGGAAUGGGGCUUCUUUUAUGUUACCAACCAUGGCAUCUCCCAAAAUCUGUUUAAUAAAGUUCGUGCACUUUCAAAUGAUAUAUUUAGCCUUUCUCCAGAUACUAAGAUCAAGCUUGGUCCAUCAUCCCGUAUCAAAACAUACACUCCUCAUUUCAUAGCUUCUCCCUACUUCGAGAGUUUAAGAGUUAGUGGACCAGAUUUCUUUGCCUCUGCUAAGGCUUCUGCUAAUGAACUCUUUGGCCAAGAGAAACCUGAAUUUAGCGAAAUAUUACAGGAGUAUGGAAACAAUAUGAUGAACUUGUCAAAGAGAAUCACUGAGGUCAUAUUAAAGAGUUUAGAAGAUGGUUAUAAAAGGAAGUUCUAUGAGUCUGAAUUUGGUAACUGUCAUGGAUAUAUGAGGAUAGUAAAUUACACAGCACCAGAUGAUGUCGAAGAAAAGGAAGUCGAAGGACUGGGGAUGCACACUGAUAUGAGUUGCAUAACAAUUGUGUAUCAGGAUGAGCUUGGCGGGCUCCAAAUGAGAUCGAAGGAAGGAAAAUUGAUGGAUAUAUGCCCGUGUGAGAAUUCCUUAGUAGUUAACAUAGGAGAUCUAAUGCAGGCUUGGAGCAAUGGGAGGUUAAGAUCAUCCGAACACCGGGUUGUUUUGAAGCAAUCCAGAAACAGGUUCUCUCUGGCAUUCUUCUUGUGCUUCGAGGAUGAGAAGGUAAUAUUGGCACCGGAUGAAGUUGUGGGAGUAGGAAACUGCAGGAUUUACCAUCCAUUUGUUUGCUUGGAUUACAUAAAGUUUAGAGAAAGUAAUGAAGUUGGUAAUUUUGAGAAAAUAGGAUACACUGUAAAAGAUUUUGCUGGGUUAAAAACUCGGAAUUGUAGUGAUUAGUCAUAAAUUUUGCAGUACUUCUUUUGGUUGGUCUGCUCCACGUAUCUGUGUAAUCCAUCAUUAGAAUUGUGGUGUUAACAGUUACCUUAUCUGAUUGUGAAUCAUGUGAUGCUGACUACAGCAGCAUACUAAUGUAUUGUUCUUUUGUUUUCUUCCCCUGCUUGUUUACUCUUUGAAAAUGUAGAUUUAUAGAUAAAUGAUAGUAAUAAAAUUCUCCAUUUCUCACCGACUUUACAGCAAUCUCUACAAACUAAAGCUGUUCCCUUUUUGAGAUUUACAGGGUUACCUGACUAAUACGAUAGCAUGAAAAGACAGUUGGGGCCCAAUUCGACCAUCUUUGGUCGAAAUGUCUAGGGGUUUUCAAUUGGACCGCUAGCUGCUGCCAGCUUAAGUAGUACUGUACAAACGCUUUGUGGGGGAAGAUCGAAACAUUGUUUCAGAUCUGACUGAAUCUUUGUUUCUAGUUCAGUUCAAGACAAGAAAUAUUGCCAAAAUUUUAUAUUGUGAUUAAGACUGAAUUACCACUAAGCUAACUGAUUAGACAUAACUAAAGAUUUAAGUAUCUUUUUUUUUUUAGUGGAAA